UUGAUACGCACCAACCGGUCUGCGUGCUGCGUUCGACUCUCAGGGGUCGAUGUGCAUUCUUUGAGUCAAACUAUCUCUUAUCGAGCGCGGUUUAUGAUUGUCGGGCUGCUGCAGAGGCUGACGGAGAAGCUUCCACGCGUUGUGCACAGGAUCAGUGUGAUGAUGAAGCCGCAGGUUGUGUUUGUUCUGGGCGGGCCUGGCGCGGGGAAAGGGACACAAUGCGCCAGAAUCGUGGAGACCUACAGCUACACUCACCUGUCUGCCGGUGACCUGCUGAGAGAAGAGCGCAGCCGCACUGGGUCGGAGGUUGGUCAGCUCAUUGACAGCUACAUCAAAGAGGGCAAGAUCGUCCCUGUGGAAAUCACCAUCAGCUUACUGAAAAAGGCAAUGGAGGAGACCAUGAAGACAGAUGAAAAAAAGUUCCGCUUUCUUAUUGAUGGUUUCCCACGUAACCAAGACAACCUACAGGGAUGGAACAAUGUCAUGGACGGGAAGGCAGACGUCAAAUUUGUUCUUUUCUUUGACUGUAGCAAUGAGGUGUGCAUUGACAGAUGUUUAGAGCGGGGGAAGAGCAGCGGACGCACUGAUGAUAACAGAGAAAGCCUAGAGAAGAGGAUCCAGACAUAUCUUCAGUCCACACGGCCCAUUAUAGAGCUGUAUGAACGGCAAGGGACGGUGCACACUGUGGAUGCCUCCCGCUCAGUGGAUGAGGUGUUUGCAGAUGUGAAAAACAUUCUGGAUAAAGAUGGCUAAAGCUACAUAUGUCCACUGCAAAAACUUUUUUGAAAAUUAAGGUGUCUGUUUAUUGAUGUUGGCAGUGCGUGCUAUGCCCUCAUGUAUCAAUAUAUAUUUUACUCAUUUAAUGGUAAUAUACAUUUUUCUUUUAUUGUGGAAGAGUGCGUGUAUAUCUGUAUGUUUGUGAGGUUGAAAGGCCAACAUUAUUUUGAGCAAAUGAUCAUUACAACAGCAAUAGCAUUCAGGACACUUCUAUUGGAACAGUACAUACAGUUGAAGUCAGAAGUUUACAUGCAUCUUGGCCAAAUAGAUUUAAACUCUGUUUUUCACAAUUCCUGACAUUUUAUCAUCAAAAACAUUCCGUCUUACAUCAGUUAGAAUCACAACUUUAUUUUAUGAAUGUGAAAUGUCAGAAUAAUAGUAAAGAGAAUUAUUUCUUUCAUCACUUUCCCAGUGGGUCAGAAGUUUACAUACACUUUGUUAGUAUUUGGUAGCAUUGCCUUUAAAUUGUUUAACUUGGGUCAAAUGUUUUGGGUAGCCUUCCACAAGCUUCUCGCAAUAAGUUGCUCAAUUCUUUGCCCAUUCCUCCAGACAGAACUGGUGUCAGAUUUGUAGGACUUCUUGCUUGCACACACUUUUUCAAUUCUGCCCACAAAUUGGAUUGAGGUCAGGGGCUUGUGAUUGCCACUCCAAUACCUUGACUUUGUUGUCCUUAAGCCAUAUUGCCAAAAUUUGGAGGUAUGCUGGUGGUCAUUGUCCAUUUGGAAGACCCAUUUGUAACUUCCUGGCUGAUGUCUUGAGAUGUUGCUUCAAUAUAUCCACAUAAUUCUCCUUACUCAUGAUGAUAUCUAUUUUGUGAAGUGCACCAGUCCCUCCUACAGCAAAGCACCCCCACAUCAUGAUGCUGCCACCCUUGCAACCUCACCCUUUUUCCUCCAAACAUAACGAUGGUAAUUAUGGCCGAAAAGUUACAUUUUUGUUUCAUUAGACCACAGGACAUUUCUCUAAAAAGUUAGAUCUUUGUCCAAUGUGCACUUGCAAACUGUAGUCUGACUUUAUGGUGGUUUUGGAGCAGUGAUUUCUUCCUUGCUGAGCAGCCUUUCAGGUUAUUUCGAUAUAGGACUCGUUUUACUGUGGAUAUAGAUACUUGUCUACCCGUUUGUUUGUUCAGAGAAUGUGGUACCUUCAGGCAUUUGGAAAUUGCUCCCAAGGAUGAACCAGACUUGUGGAGGUCCACAAGUUUUUUUUUUUUUUUUUUUUCUGAGGUCUUGUCUGAUUUUUUUAAUUUUUUAUUAGCGCGUGUGGAGGAUUCACGCUAUUCUCUGCGGCAUCCACGCACCACUCACCACGCGCCCCACCGUGAGCGAGAACAACAUUAUAGCGACCACAAGGAGGUUGCCCCAUGUGACUUUUCCCUUCCCUUUCAACCGUGCCAAUUUGGUUGCUUAUGAGACCUGGCUGGAGUCACUCAGCAUGCCCAGGAUUCAAACUCGCGCCUCCAGGCGUUGUAGUCAGCGUGUUUACUCGCUGAGCUAACCAGGCCCCCUUAGCUGAUUUCUUUUGAUUUUCCCAUGAUGUCAAGCAAAGAGGCACUGAGAUUGAAGGUAGGCUUUAAAAUAUAUCCACAGGUACAUCUCCAAUCCAGUACACCUCCUAUCAGAAGCUGAUUGACUAAAGGCUUGACAUCAUUUUCAGGAAUUUCCCAAGCUGCAUAAAGGCAAAAGGUAACUUAGUGUAUGUACAUUUCUGACUCACUGGAAUUGUGAUAUAGUUGAUUAAAAAUGAAACAAUCUGUCUGUAAACAAUUGUUGGAAAAAUUACUUGUCAUGCACUAAGUAGAUGUCCUAAACGACUUGCCAAAACUAUAGUUUGCUAAUAUUAAAUCUGUGAAGUGGUUAAAAAUGUAGUUUUAAUGACUUCAACCAAAGUAUGGGGAUACUUCUGACUUCAAAUGUUCAAGCUUCCGCUCUUAACACGAACAGAGUCCCACUUGGCAUAUACUGUAUGUGUUACAUCUAUUAAUAUUUAGGACUGUCUAGCAUUAUUAAGCAUACAGAACUGAACUGGAUUGAAAUAGGCCAAGAUUAUGUUGGAGAAUGUUGCAGUUCCCAUGUGGAUCUGUGUAUAGUUGCACUUAUCAGUUUCAAAUGACAUUGUUCUCUAUGCAGGUGAGCUAUUGUAACUGAUUAACAGGAAGUAAGAGUUUUUUAGUAGAUAACCAGACAUGUCUGUGUCAUUACAUUUGGCAGCAUUGUUUUGUACAGUGAUUCAAAUCAGGUUCUCAUGAUAUAUUAGUAGCCACCCUGAGAGUCGAAUUUUAGCUGUAAGUUUUACUUUUUGUUAUGUUGUGGUUAUUGCAAAAGCUGCUUCUGUAUUCCAGACACAUGCCGUCUUCGCUCAGGCAAUAGAUUUUAAUAUGUGGGGAAUGGGUGCUCCUGAUUUUACUUGAUUGUCAUCUUUGGGGUCAAUUAUGAAUAAAGUGUCUUUGUCAUAUUGAUAUGACAGUUAAUUGAUUGUGCCCAGUGUCUCAUACCAACAAAUCACCAAAACAAAACAAUAUUUUGGAUGUAAAGGAUGGCAGCAGCCAUCCCCUGAAGAAAAACUCUGAAAAAUAUUGUCUUCCUGUCUCCUCCAGUUUGAAAC